AACCUUCAUCUCUUCCAGAGAUUCUUUCAAGAUGAAAGUAUGUACUUCCCGCAUCGUCCUCUGCACCGUGAAAGUAGAAUUCGAUGAUGACCCGACAUUGAUAAUUCAAUGGAAUUCAGCUGUUCCUGGUUAUCGUACCAAUCACCCACCUUGUAAAUCCAUGUGUUUAGAACCUUUAUCUCUUUCAGAGAUUCUUUCAAGAUGA